CAGUAGAUGCCGAUUUCGUUGGGUUAAAUCUCUGUCUGUUUUCUUGAAGCUGCGGCCGCAAACAUUUCCAUUUGUUUUGUCACAAAGCAUAGCACAGGUCCUCACCCUCAGCCAUGGCCGAUGACUUUGAGUUUUCUGAUAAAGUUCCUCCUUCCUUCGACCGCGCGGGCUCCCAAGGGUUUAACCCAGGCUUAAUAGUUCUCCUGGUUGUUGGUGGGUUGCUGUUGACAUUCCUCAUUGGAAAUUACGUACUCUACUCUUAUGCACAGAAGACCCUCCCUCCUAGAAAAAAGAAGCCAGUCUCCAAGAAGAAGAUGAAAAAGGAGAAACUGAAGCAAGGCGUCUCUGCACCUGGAGAGUAGAGACUUUGUAUUCACUUUAUGUUCUAUGGUUUAAAUUACUCUUCAGAAAUUUUUUAUCAUUCUGUGAUGUCUUGAGUUACGUUAAUGUUCAUCUUUCUAUCCUGUGUGUUACUGAUAGAAACCUUGGUCUUAUGUGUAAGUGCUUUAGCAAUAUAUUUGGGACAAGCUAUUUCAUGUUUAAAUUAUCA